AUGAAACUAACAAAAAUGACAUCCAUCAAAAGGGUCAAUAUUACCAUCAUCACAAUCUUCCCCAGGAACAAUUAAUUCAUCUCCACAAAUAUUUUGACAUUUAUUUUCAAUCAAUUAAAAUCCUCUUUAACAUUACAAACAACCAUUAAUUUGACAAUUUAAACAACUAGGUUAACAAGAUAAUUAACAGUUAUAGCAGCCAUCAUAUAAUAAAGUAUUCAUAUCUUCACAUUUUUCAUUUCCAACUAUUAUAUUAUCAUUACAUUUUUCUAAACAUUUAUUGCUUUUAGCGUCAAGGUAAUAAUGAUCAAUGCAUUAUAAACAUUUUUCAUUCAGACAGGUCAAACAAACAGAAGUUUAACAUUAAAACUUACAAAUCGAGCUGCACCCAUCAUAGUCAUUUAAAUUAAAAUCAUCGCAUUCCUCUGUAUUUCUUCCAUAAGGAUCAACUGCAAGGUAGCCAUCCCCGCAAAUAUUGACACAAUAAUAACUUUAAGGUUUAAAACCAACAACUUUACAAUCUAAACAAUUCAUUCCAUCAGAACUACAUGUUUUGCAAUCAUUUCUGCAUAGUCUCUUACAUUAAAAACAAUUAUCAUUUUCAUCUAGAUUAUAUCCAUCAUCACAUUCUUCCGAUCCUAUAACAAUUGA